AUGAUCAUCUACAUAUUGAGGGGUACCACCCUGCACUUAAGUUUGAUGCCAGGAGACUCUCACAAUAGUAAUUCACAGAGUAAAGGUGUUGCCGGGCUCAUGCAAUGUGAGGUCAAUGUACUCACUCUCACAUUGAAGGCAAAGACAAUGUGCAUUGUCAAAGUAACAAAAGCCAUCGGAGCCUCCAAGGAGCCCAUCAUCAUUGGUGAGGCACCUCCUGCAGACUCUCCCUUUCCAAACACAAGGCCCUGCACACCUUCAACCCAGCUCUGCCACAACCAGGAAGAAGAAGUCGAAGGUCCCCUCAUCUCGUACACAGAUAUUGCAGCUAUGGACUCUAUGACUGCCAUCUGCCACAAAACCAAAAUGUGUCCUGAAGUACUUAUACCUCCAUUGUGUCCAUUCAAGCUUGUGAAGUGCCCCCCUGCCAAACCAGUUGUGAUAGAAGUUCGGUCCAGUCCAGAUGUUGUUGACGAGCUUCAUGAUGAUGAUGAUGAUGAUGAUGAUGAUGAUGAUGAGGAGGAGGAGGAGGAGGAGGAGCCUCUCAAUGGUUCUUGUCGUGAGAUCCCCAGUGAGGGUGACAAGGACUAUGAUGAUUUUUCACACUCACAGAAGCGGAAGUUGAAGGCUGGAGGUGACAAUGCAGCAAAGCGCAUUUGCGAUGGACCUCCUGAUGUUCAAAAAGUGCCACAUGCACAUCCCAUGCCUAAGGGAAGGCAACCUGUUCUGACCAAGGCUUCACGGAAACACCUACUCUUCCAGCAGUUCCAUCCCGCACAUGACUCAGAUCACCCUGCAGAGCUUGCACCAGAUGAUGGGCAGUCUGUCCUUGUCCCAGACACCCCUCUCCCACUACCUCAAAAUCUGCUGCACUCUUUAUUGGAGGACACACAUCUCAGCCCCUCACUUUCUGGCCACAAUGUACUAGAGUCUCACCAUGCUGACCCACGCAGGGCAGACACCACACACUCAUGUGAGCCUCAUGACAAUUGGCAUCCUCACAAUUGUGGUCAAUCAUGGGAGGCUCGUAAUGCAAAUGACGUCCACAACCUCCCACUCAAUGAUGGCCGUGACCUGCACCCUCGCCGAGACAACUCUCCUGCACUACAUGAUGACCGUCGCCACCCCAAUGAUGAUCCACACAGCAACCACAACCAGGAGGAGACUACCCUUAUCACAGGGAGUAUCCAUAUUGCAGCAACUGGAGCACAGGCUAUCAUGAUGCCACCAGACCAUGAACUUCUUGAUGACCACUUGUGUGGACCUCCCCUGCUGGAUAUUCGUGGAGAAUACAUGCAUCCCGCAAGUCACGAGGGUCAUGCUGGCUAUCAGUGCGCAUAUCAGUGCCAGCCUCCUCGAGGAGAUGGACACCAGAGUACCUGGAGUCUCAUUGCCAAUAUGCCACUCACCUUACCUGGUCAGGUGACAGAGCAAGAACAACGUGAAGGAGCCGCCAUUCAAAGUAAAAAAAACAUAAACACGAGUAUCUACUAUCAAGGAGCACUUAGAGGUGCAGAGGAGGGUGGAGGAGGACCCUGGGAACGGGAGGAAAGUAGUGCCAAGGGUGCUCUGUACAAACGGUGCAUUGCGGAGUGUGAAAAGGCAUUGCGGCAGAUGUGUGACAUGAUGUGA